AUGGACCUUGUCUCUGGAGAAGAACAUGUGAAAUUGGCUAUGAAGCAACAAGAACAUGCAGAGAACACAGUGGAGAGGGUAAAAGAUAAAGAACGUCCUGUUGGAGAGGCAGUGGAAGCCAGGAUGAGGGAUGUGCAGAAGCACAAACCCAAAGAGAAACUCUUUCCAGAUUCACCACUUUUCAAGCAGUUGGGGGAGGAUCUUUCUGAGGCUCAGCAGAAAAAGGCCCAGGACCUCUUCGAAGUCCAGAAGUUGGGUUACAACUGUUACCUUGGUAACCAGUUGCCCCUCAGUCGUGUCAUCCCAGACACGUGGGAUGCCAGAGUGGUCUUUUAUUGGUGUCUUGGGAAGAAAUAUUCUUUGCAACUCCCAUCCCUCAGUGUCAUUCUCACACUCAUGAAUGAAGCUCUGUGUGUAAUGCAGUGGGCCAUCACCAGUAUCAUCAACCCGACCCCCUCUCGUGUGAAGGAGAUCAUCUUGGUGGACGAUUUCAGCUCAGAUGAGCCCAUCUUGGCUCUAAUUCAGGAAGACAGCACUGUGAUUGUGUCUUCUGUGUUUGAUAACGUUCGUUUUGACACCUUUGAACUGUAAAAGUACACAUUGGCAGCUGAUGGUUUUGACUGGAGACUAUGGGGCUGCUACGACCUACAGCCAGAGGCCUGGCUGGAUCUGCAUGAUGUCACCACCCCACAGAAGAGUCCUUCCAACCUGAGCAUCCUGGCUGCCAACAGGCUCUUCGUGGGGGAGACUGGGUCUCUGGAUGGUGGGAUACUCAUCUAUGGAGGAGAGAAUGUGGAACUCAGCCUGACUGUGUGGCAGUGUGGAGAGAAAAUCGAGAUCUUGCCCUGCUCCCGGGUUGCUCAUCUAGAGAGACACCACAAGCUCUAUGCCCUAGAUCUGAGUUCUGCCUUGAAGCUCAGUGCUCUGCGCGUGGCUGAAGUCUGGAUGGAUGAAUGCAAACACACGGUCUACUUGGCCUGGAACAUACCUCUCCAGAACUCUGGCAUCAAUUUGGUAGACAUUUCUUCCAGAAAGGCACUCUGGGAGAAACUGAAAUGUAGAAGUUUUGACUGGUAUCUGAAAAAUGUUUAUCUGGUCCUGAAGCCAAUCCACAGCACUGUGGGCUAUGGGAGAAUGAAAAAUUCCCUGGAUGAAAGUGUCUGCCUGGACCAGGGACUUCCUUCAGGCAACACCUCCAGGAUGUGUUACUGUCACAGCCACAGUCUGCAGAAUGUCUGCUACCACCUAACUGGGAUUCUAGGAGGGGCCAUGACUGCAGGGACACGUGCUGAUGAUCGCUGCCUGACAGACCCCGGCAGUGGGGAGCAGCCCACUCUAGAGUCGUGUCCCAAGGCAGCCAAAACUGGAUUGCACAUGUACUGGGAUUGUAAACCACGAGGAAGGGCUGUCAUAAACUGAGGCCCCGAACAAUCUCUGGAGGAGAAGAGGGACCCUUCAGUUAUUUAUAUGCCUGUGCUCUGGGCUUGCACCACGCAGGUGUGGACAGAACAGCAUACUGUCGGCCACUGGGGGUCACCCUAA